GACGCACCUCUUUUUCAAUUUGAAAUAUCAAAAUCAGUACGAGAACGUACAACCAUAAAUGCGUUUCUGACUCAUAAAAGCCUCCGUACACACGGGAAGCACCAUAGUAAAACCCACAAUCGAACGACCCAAUGCUUAAUGACUGUUGUUCCCCGCUCCGCUAUUGGCGUGUAAUAUUUUCACGCUUUUCCGAGUAAUGCCUUUCAGCUGCUCCGCCUCGCAGAUCUGAAAGCUGGAUUUAAAUGUCCUUUUCUAAAUCUCUGUUCCUGGAAUUGGCUGGAUUCUUCUUCUCUUCAAUACUACGGGUUCGUAAUGACUUCCUUGAAGGAGUCCAAAUUGGAAUCCAGUUCAGAAGCUCUGUUGGUUGAGAGCAGCAUUGGAGGAGAAGAUGAGGAGCAGCCGUUGCCGCUUAGCAGUUUCCAUCCGAAGCAAACGCCGGCUGAUAAUCUAGCAAGAAGAUCUCCUAGGUUGUUGCCUGUCUCGGAAGGUACCGAAAAUGACAAGGGAAAGAGUCGAGCGAGGUCAUCGGGUGAAGCGACGGCGCAUGCAAUCGCCUUGAGGAGGUCGCCUAGAUUUUGGCCAGCGGCUGGGCUGGAGAGCGAGAAUGCGGGAUCCACCGUGAUUGUAAAACCGGAGGAAAGUGAAACUACGAAGAUAAACUCGAAGUCUGUUGCUGGUAAGAAACAGAGGAAGUCGCCGAGAUUCAAUUCGAGUUCUGUUGAGGCGCAAUGCGGAAGAAAUGAGUCUAUUUCGCCUAAGAGCUCAAAUCGUCAACAACUGACAGUGAGUGUUGGAGACAAAGAACUAAUAGCUGGCAUGAAUGUUGAUAGUACAGAAGUACAGUGUUGCUCUUCUAGAUUAUCUCAAACUGAGGAAAAAUGUAACUUGUCAGAAUCUAUGUUGGGAUCUCCUGAAGUUUCUAAUUCUAAAAAAGAAUCAUCUGAAAGGCAAGUAAGAAGGUCUCCACGGUUUAUUUUGGAGACUGAAAAUGGUGGUAGUGGUGAAUCUUUUCAAAGCUCUAGAAUUUCAGAUGGUGGUCAUUCAGCUAAGACACAGUUAAGAAGGUCUCCAAGGUCCAUUGACUGUACUAAAAAUGGUGGUAGUAAUGAAUCUUUGAGAGAAUCUGAAGCACAUGAACUGGGCUGCUCUGGGAAGAUGCAGUUCGGAACUUCUCCAAGCUUUUCUCAAGCAACAGGAAGUGUUGCCAGCAGGAACGAACGUUUGAGGAAUUUUAGAAAUCAAGGGGUUACUGUAUCCUGUGAGAAGCAUUUAAGGAGGUCUCCAAGGUUUCUUCAAUGUACCAAAAACGGCAUUAACAAUGAAUCUUCGUGUUCAUUCAAUACACAGGAUCAUGGCCUCUUUGGAGAGGAGCAGUUUAGGAUAUAUCCAAAGUUUUCUCAGACAACAAAAAAUUGUGAUAAUAAUGGAUCUUUUGGAAAAGAUGGUGUGGAGAUACUAGAUAAAAAGAAGUUAAGAAAGUGUUCAAGGUUUCCCUUAUCCCUAGCUGGAACUAAGAGCAGGAAAGUAAACUCCACUUCUAAUGAAUUUUCACUUUCAAAUGAUGAACAGCCUUGUAUGAAACUUAGGAUCCCAUCAGCUGAUUCAGAUGUGAGAAAGUCAGAUGAGGAGUUCUUGGAACGAACUCUAGGAAGAGCCACUUUUCCAACUGCAACUGAUAAAAACGAUGGAAGAAAAAGUUCUUCAAUUGAGCUACAUUUGUCAGCUGAGAAACAAUCUCUAAGGAAGAUUAAGCCAUUGGCCUCUGCUAAGAAGAAACAGAGGAGAAAUGAAAGUACCUAUAGAUUUAUUGGAGAUCCAAUCCCUCAAGAUGAAGCUCAAGAAAGAUGGCUUUGGCGUUAUGAGUUGAAGAAUCAAACAUCUAAGAGAAAGAGCCUCCAAUUAGAUGAUGAUGAUGAUGAAGACAAGAUAGUUUCAAAUGUUGAAUGCCAUUAUGCACAAGCUGAUAUUGAGGGGUGUGUUGUUAAUCUUGGUGAUUGUGUGUAUAUAAAGGGUGAAGAAGCACAAAAUCAUAUAGGAAGGAUCUUGGAAUUCUUCAAAACAACUGAUGGAGAAAAUUAUUUUAGAGUCCAAUGGUUUUACAGAGCUGAAGAUACUGUUAUUGAAAAAGCAGAAGUUUUUCAUGACAAAAGAGCAGCAGUUUUUCAUGACAAAAGGCGAUUAUUCCAUUCAACUGUAAUGAAUGAUAAUCCUAUAGAUUGUAUUAUUUCAAAAGUCAGUGUUACACAAUUGUCACCUUUGGUGGGCUUAAAAUCAAACUCUAUUCCCCAAUCUGAUUUCUAUUUUGACAUGGAAUACUGUGUGGAUUAUUCCACAUUCCAGACACCACCAACUGGUCCUACAUAUCCAUUGGCUAAUAUGUCCAUUUGUGAACCUUGCAAGACAGAGUUUACACUAUUAGAUCUUUAUUCUGGCUGUGGUGGAAUGUCUAUUGGAUUGUGCCUAGGUGCCAAAGUAUCCCACAUUGAUCUUGUGACGAAAUGGGCUAUUGAGAGUGACAUGUCAGCAUGUGAAAGCUUCAGACUGAAUCACCCUAAGACACAGGUCAGGCAUGAAACUGCUGAGGAUUUUCUUCACCUGCUAACGGAAUGGGACAAGCUUGGUAAAAGAUUUGCAACUGAUGUGGAAAGAACACAUGAAUCAAGAUCCAUGGCCUCAAAAGACGAUACUUCUCCGAAUUCUAAUAUCCCUCCUGGUGAACUUGAAGUUGAAAGGCUUGUUGAUAUUUGUUAUGGAGAUCCCUGCAGGACAGGAAAGUAUGGUCUAAAAUUUAAGGUACGCUGGAAGGGUCAUGGUGCAAGUGAAGAUACUUGGGAACCAUAUGAAGGUUUGAGUAAUUGUGAAGAAGGGAUACGGGACUUCGUAAGAAAUGGGUUCAAAUCCAAGAUCUUGCCACUUCCAGGUGAUGUAGAUGUUAUUUGUGGUGGCCCUCCAUGCCAAGGGAUUAGUGGUUACAAUCGCUACAGAAACGUUGAGUCUCCAUUGGAUGAUGAAAGGAAUCGUCAAAUCAUAAUCUUCAUGAACAUAGUGGAAUACUUAAAACCCAAGUUUGUGUUAAUGGAAAAUGUGGUUGAUAUUCUAAGAUUUAAAAGAGCUUACCUUGCCAGAUAUGCAUUAAGUCGGUUGGUGUACAUGAACUACCAAGCAAGACUUGGUACGAUUGCAGCUGGCUGUUAUGGUCUUCCUCAAUUUCGGUUGCGUGUUUUCUUGUGGGGAGCACGACCUAGUGAGAAACUACCACAAUUUCCUCUUCCAACGCAUGACGUUAUUAUCCGAUAUUGGCCUCCACCUGAAUUUGAGCGCAAUACUGUUGCUUAUGAUGAAGAUCAACCACGCAAACUGGACGAUGCUCUUGUUCUUAGUGAUGCCAUUUCUGAUCUACCGGCUGUUGCAAACCAUGAAGUCCGAGAAGAAAUGCCAUAUGGAAAGCCUCCAGAAACUGAGUUUCAAAGAUAUAUAAGAUCAAGUGAAAAUGAGAUGACUGGUUCUUCAUUAAAUGGUGCUUCAAGACCUAAAAAUUUGCUCUAUGACCAUCGGCCCUUAAUGCUCUUUGAAGAUGAUUACAGUAGAGUUUGUCGGAUCCCAAAGAGAAAGGUUUUAUAAAACUGAAAUUGGAUUCACAUGUUAAACUUUUGGAGCCCACUGAUAUUUCUAAUGUAGCGACAUGUGUAGGGGGCAAAUUUCAGAGACCUUCCUGGUAUAAUUGUUGGGGAGGACAAUGUGGCCCGGAGGGAUCCAACGCAUAAAGUAAAGCCGUUACCAUCUGGAAAGCCAUUGGUACCGGAUUAUGUCUUUACCUACGAACAAGGAAAGUCUAAAAGGCCAUUUGCAAGAUUAUGGUGGGAUGAAACAGUGCCAACCGUAGUGACUGUCCCAUCCUGUCACAACCAGGUAUCUUCAUGCUCUCUACUUUUAGUUCAUGACCAUAUUCAUGUCCUGGUCCCGGAAUAUGCUUGUAAUUCUUGAGUUUGUGCAGGUAAUAUUACACCCAGAACAGGACCGAAUCCUUACCAUCAGGGAAUACGCAAGACUACAAGGUUUCCCUGAUUAUUAUAGGUUCAGUGGAACAGUUAAAGACAGGUACCAUCAAUUUUCUUCAAAACAUUGUAAAAACUUGUGGCUUGUGAAGGCCCUCAGCCCGCAAUCAGCUACCCUCUUCAAUUUUCGUACAAGAUACAUCAUGGAAUACAUAACCUAGAAUCUG